AUGGCUACUCGGCCACCCAAUUUCUUCAAUAAUUCUCAAAGUAGACCAUCUCUAAGGCCUAUUCACACCACUUACGUCCCUUCAUUCCUUCGCAAACUGCUACAACCUCAUGUCCCUAAUUCAACAACCCAACUAAUGGGCUUUUUAACCCUUGUUAUCUCAGGAGGAAUUUUGCUCCUCCUCACUGGCGUCACUAUCACGACAAUUAUACUUGGCUUAAUUUUCUUCACCCCUUUGAUCUUCAUCACUAGUCCAAUAUGGAUCCUUCUCUUCAUAGCUGCUGCUGGAUUUUUAUUCGCUGCUUUCACAUUGGGUGCUAUAACUUGGGUGUACAGGUACUUCACCAGGAGAUCAAUGGUAGACGAUGAUAGCGCCGAUAUGAAGGAUUAUUCUAGAGAAUUUGGUGGGUACCUUCAUGCUAAAGUCAAGGAUACAGCUCCCGGUGCUUAA